AUGAGAUCACUGCGAUCAUGCGGAGCUGGUCACAGGAGGCCGAGUUCCGGAGCUUCACUGCUGGCCUCCAAGCCACUCCCAGUCCGCUUGCAAAUCCUCAUCGAGCAGCAAUCUUGCGUGAGUAAGAUGGGAAAGUCUACACUUUGCCAACGAAGGCUGCCUUCUUCGCCAGUGCUGUCGCAGCAGCAUAUGGAAGAGGUAGAAUCAGAUUCCGUUUGGGAAAGCAGCUCCUCUGUUCCAGAGAGGCCCCUUGCUUCCGUACGUGCCAGCGACCAGCCGGUGGCAAGUUUGCAAGUACACUUACCUGGAACGGUCGUACCGUCUGUCGACGCGCACCUCAGCGCAGUCCAUGGUCAUGACAUCCUUGAGGAGAGGUUGGCAGAGAUCUUGAGAGUGCCGGCGGCAGCAGUCAAGCUGAUAAAUAGCUGCAUGCAUCCAAAGUGA